AUGCUGACCUGCUUCACGAGGGCGUGGAACCGCGUAAAGGGGCUCAAGGUGCCAACGGGCGGCCCCGCGGGGCUGGUGUACACGUGCGGCGUGCUGAACAUGAUCAUUUUCGGCUCAGGGCUCAUCAUCCUCGGAAUCACGAACAACUGCCUGGAGGAUGUGCUCAUCGGCGUCGCGCAGCUGCUCCUUCCGAUCGUCGGCUGGCUGUGGUCGUUGGUCUGGGGUGUGCUCAUAAUCAUCGGCAAGUACCGUAAGGGUCCCGGCGAUUUGACCAACGAGCCCUGCUGA